CUAUGUUGCCCAGGCUGGUCUCAAACUCCUGGUGAUCCUCCUGCCUUGGCCUCCCAAAGUGCUGGGAUUACGAGUGUGAGCCACUGCAUCGGGCCCAGGCACAGCGUGUUUGCAGUAGCCACAUUCCAAGUGCUCACUAGCCACAUGUGACCAGUGGCCCCCAUAUUAGCCAGUGCAGGUUAAAAUGAAAAAGGUAGCAUGCGAGGCUGGGCAAAACAUUCCUGUAAGAAGUAUGAUAGGAUACAGAGAUUGUGUCACUAUUUUUAUGAUUCAUGUAUAUUUUCUGUUCCUUAUGGGUUCCCUCCUAAUAUUUAGAGGUCUUUGAAAUUCCAUUGUUUCUUAGCAGUGCUGAGAAGAAUGAAGAAAGUCUUCUUCUUCCGUACUGGGAAUGGAUUUUCAAGGGAGAGCAGCUCAUCUCCCACUCCGCCCUACCCCACCCCUAGAAAUCCCAAGGGGAAAGGGAAAUGCUCAGCACAGAGCCCCUCCCCACUUGGACAGUCCCUUCCUAAAAGCUAACUGUGAAAUCUCUGGAUUUUGUUUUAGAAGGAAAUCACACUUUUUUCAUACUUUCUUUUCACAAUUUUAGUAUCUCAGCUGCCAGAAAUAGAAUUUAUUCCUUUACAAUAAUUAUUAUAGCCAAAGCCACCAUAUAUUCUGGAUUUGCCAGGAUGGUGUCAAUUUUGAAUGUUGUUUCUUUCAGGCAGGCAUGGUGAAUUUUGGUUCAGAAAACAGGAUCACUCUAUCACGCUCUUGAGGGUGAACUAUUGGAGAGUCACUGUGGUGAUCAACCAAUGGGUGCUCCCUAGUUCCUGGAACUGAGAACUUAAGUCUGGAUACUUCUCUAUAAAUGGUUUUGGUAGACUCUGCCACUUUCCCCUGGGAUCUGAGUUCUCCAAGAAGCCCCCCCACUUCUCAGGUGGCAACAGGGCAGGUACCUGGGCGGUAGCCCUUAUGCUACUGUUCAUAAAUCAAUCUGAGUUUUAUGGGUGCUUUUUCUGAGGAAGAAGAGAUUCAAAGUUAUGUAGAGGCAACAAAGCUUUCUAAUAAUAUUUUUGGCAGGCUGCUAAAGAAAGAUGAAACAAGAAAAGAUACAGGCCCUGGGAGAGUGGUGGUAGCCCUUGGGAUGCCAGCCAGAUGUUGGUGCCCACAAAUCGGGGAAGACAAUGGCCUUUACUGUUGCCAUUUACAAUGCCGGGCAGCUCAUUAAUCAUCAACUAAAAUGAUUUCACUUUCAGGGUUUAGGCAGGUCAGGGCUGGGGUUGGGGAGGGCUGUGGCAGGAGGCCUGGCUUCCAGGCUGGGCAAGUGUCCCAGAGACCCACUAGACGGGGCCCCUCCCCUCCCCUCCCUCAGGAUGAAGGGCACCAGGAGACAGAGCGGGGGUCGAGGUGAGGGUGGGUGCGUCACCCUUGUUUUCCGGACUGUCAGUCUCCCAGCGUCCCCAGCUUUCCAGGUAGGGACGCCCCCUCCCACGCAGCGCGGUUCCGGCGGGUGGAAAGGAGGGGCUGGGCUCCCAGCGCCCGCCCCUCUAUCCAUCACAUGGCCGGAGAGUCACAAAAACAACAGCUUUGGCCAAGACCGUGACUUCAGGAAAGGGAACCCGGGGCUCUCGCAGCCAGCCCUCCUGCCCAUGGAGGACAGUUUCCUUCAAUCUUUUGGGAGGCUGAGCCUCCAGCAGCAGCAACAGCAGCAGCAGCAGCAGCGGCAGCGGCCGCCCCGGCCGCCCCCGCGGGGGACACCUCCGCGCCGCCACAGCUUUAGGAAACACCUCUACCUCCUGCGAGGCCUCCCGGGCUCCGGGAAAACUACACUGGCCAGAUGGUCAGAAUGGAGCAGUGGACAAAGGAGACAAAAAUCCCUGUCUUCAUGGAACAUGUAUUCUAUCAGAGAGAAAAAAUUCUCAAGGAAAAAAGGCAAUUUUAGCAUCUGCUCUGCUCUGUUCUCUCAAAAAAUAAGCAAAGGAUUUCACAGGUAUGCCACUGGAGCUAUAUAUCCCCAAGAAAUGUCCACAUACGCACAACAGUGUUCUAGGUACUUGGGAAUCAUCAGUGAACAAAACAAAGAUCCUGCCCUUGUGGACCUUAUGUGCCAGAGACAAUUGCAGCAUGACUUUCCCAGGGCCCUGAUUUUCAGCACGGAUGAUUUUUUCUUCAGGGAAGAUGGUGCCUAUGAGUUCAAUCCUGACUUCUUGGAGGAAGCUCAUGAAUGGAACCAAAAAAGAGCAAGAAAAGCAAUGAGGAAUGGCAUAUCCCCCAUUAUUAUUGAUAAUACCAACCUCCACGCCUGGGAAAUGAAGCCCUAUGCAGUCAUGGCACUUGAAAAUAACUAUGAAGUUAUAUUCCGAGAACCUGACACUCGCUGGAAAUUCAACGUUCAAGAGUUAGCAAGAAGAAACAUUCAUGGUGUCUCAAGAGAAAAAAUCCACCGAAUGAAAGAACGGUAUGAACACGAUGUUACCUUUCACAGUGUGCUUCAUGCAGAAAAACCAAGCAGAAUGAACAGAAGCCAGGACAGUAAUAAUGCACUGCCUUCCAACAAUGCCAGAUACUGGAAUUCCUACACAGAGUUUCCAAACCGGAGGGCCCACGGCGGAUUUACAAAUGAGAGCUCCUAUAACAGAAGGGGCGGUUGUCACCAUGGAUAUUAGAGGCCUAUCUUACAGCCAUGCAGAAUUUUCCGAAGUCAGUUUCUACUUCAAUUUUUGUUAUUCUUUGUUGCAUUUUAGUCAGAGCUCCAAUUCCAGUGUUAAAUAGCUGAACUCAAACGUUUCUGAGCAAAGUCAUUAUAUUCAUUAUCUUCACCAAAAUUUGUUAAAGUGCUUCUAUAUGCAUGGUCUGAUGCUGGGAAUUCUGCAGAUUUGAGUAAACAGGCUCUUUCUCUAGGGUAAGAAUUUGAAACCAAAACUUGAGAACACACCCAAGAACGUUAUUUACAUAGGUUCAUAGAUGAAAUAAAGCGUUUAUAUUAUAUAUAAGCUUCAGUACCAUUUUCUCUGAAGUGAUCUAUUUAUUUUUUCAGGAAAUUCAUCUCCAUCAGGAAAGUUGGGAAGGUGGAGAAAAGUGGUGGGGGGGCAGGAAAAGUUUUAGCACCAUUGCUAUUUUGAUAAUCUAUGUAUCUAAAAAUGUGAGAUGUGCGACUCUAUGAUACUGAUUUUCCUUUAAUGUUAAUGUGCCAGAAAGUAUACAUCUGGGAACAAUGUCCUUCAAAGUAGACACUUUGGGAAGUUAUUCCUUUAUUUUAAUGAUGUAUCCUUUUAAAAAAUACUGUCAAAUCCUUAAUAGCUAUAGGAGCUACUGAGGGAAAUCAGUAUCAUUAUUCAGUCACACCUUGUGUUUUUACUACUUUAUUCAGCAGGAUUAAACCUGAAUAACUUUUGGCUGUUGUGCUAAUAGUGUAAAUAAAAUAAGCCUGCCUUCAUAAAACACUAACUUUUAAAAGGAAUAGCUAAAUGACUUCUAAAAUUAUGCCUAUUAACAUGUGUAAUUAGUUGGCAGCUCAAAUGUUUGGGGGUGCAAGAAAUUAGGCACCUCAGGAUAUAGGUCAUACAGGGAUAUAUAAAAGCCAUGCUCAUUACAAAAUGAGCAGUUGAUGUUUUAUGUGGCAUUAAGACAAUCAAGUCCUCAUAACUCUGGAAUGUCUUCUUAUACUGAUGCUGAAUUUAUGAAUCCAAAUCAAUUUCCAACAGGUUGGAAUCAGAUUUAGCGUAAGAUCACGAUAGACAAGACCACAGAGGACGUAUGCUCUACUUCUUGUUGGCCAACAGCUUCUUUCUAAUGUUCUGUGAAAAAUUAUUUUAAGUGUCCUAUAUAAUGGUGCUUUUUAUGGUUAUUAAAAAUUGUAAAUGGUAUCAAUUUAUAUGGAUUUGUCAUUGGAUCUUUUUUUGAUUCAACAAUAAAAAAAUUUAAUUACCUAAAUGCCAAGAAACUCAACAAUAUACCAGUUUUUCUGUAUCACAGGCUUAUUUACCAGUCUUUUUUUUAAUAAAUAGGGAUCAUAAAGGUAAUGACAAAAGCAACCUUAUAAUUUAGUUGCUUAUAUAUUUGAUCUGUGUACAUGAGACUGUUUUAACAUUAUCUGACACUACUGAAACCUGCUCAACAUCUCCCUGACUACCAGCAACACGUAUGUAAUGUUUUCUUCAUUGACAUUUUAAAAACUGGUAUCUCCUUUGAGUAAGUUUGGCUGACAAUAGUAAAUAACAAUGAAUCUAAGGUGUUAUCAGUUUUGCUAAAUUCUGUAUCUCCAAGCAUAACAUACAAUAAUCUCCUAAUGAUCCACUUAAUAAUGCUCCCAUCUUCCAGGCCCAGGUGGUCCUGGGCAUCUUGGUUGAUAGGGUGGUGGCACAACCAGCUCAAUAUGGAUGGCUUGACUCAUCUGGGCUAGUAGAGGGGAGAAAUGUCAGAGAGCCCAAAGUGGAAAUUACCCUCCUUUGAUUUCACAGGAGCGGUUCAAAGGACCAGAUUCAAGCCCUCCUGACUUGGCUGGCUCCCUGCUUCAGGGUUUUGGGCUCACCUGGGCUAAGUGAGUGACCACUAGGGUUAUAUAACUUUUAUAGAGCUCUAAAGAAUAGUUUCCUGGCCUAUUUAAUGUCUCUUCUUCCCCUAGCUGACCCCUGAAAUAGUUGGUCUGUAAACCAUAAAAAUUGAUCAGUGCCAUCAACUUUAUCCCCUAUAGAAGUGAUCUGUUUUUCCUUUCAACUCCCAUGGCUCCUGAUUUGUAUAACUCUUUGAACACCCAGUAUUGACUUGUAUUGUGUUCACUGUCUGCAUCAUUCAUAAAGCUGGCAAAUGCUCUUUAUGUGCAAUAGGAUCUCAUUAAAUGACUGCUGAAUAAAUAACACAAAUUUUUACCAUUA